AUGCCAGAGGUUGCUUCCAAAGGCGCUACUAUUUCCAAAAAGGGCUUCAAGAAAGCCGCUACUAAAACUCAGAAGAAGGAGGGGAGGAAGCGCAAGAGAUGCCGCAAAGAGAGCUAUUCCAUUUACAUCUAUAAGGUGUUGAAGCAAGUCCAUCCAGACACUGGCAUCUCUUCCAAGGCCAUGAGCGUCAUGAAUUCUUUUGUCAGCGACAUCUUCGAGCGCAUCGCCUGCGAGGCCUCUCGCCUGGCACAUUACAACAAGCACUCGACCAUCACCUCCAGGGAGAUCCAGACGGCCGUGCGCCUGCUGCUGCCGGGAGAGCUGGCCAAGCACGCCGUGUCCGAGGGCACCAAGGCUGUCACCAAGUAUACUAGCCAAAAAAAAAAAAAAAAAAAGUUUUAG